AUGAUUACUGAGGGAAAAAAUAAUUAUAUUCUGGUUAGUGGAGAAAGUGGUGCCGGUAAAAUCGAGACCACAAAAAUGCUCAUGAGAUAUCUUGCAUUCUUGGGUGGGCGAUCUAGAGUUGAAGGACACACAGUUGAACAAGUUCUGGAGCUGAAAAGAAUCCCAAAAAGCCCUGGCUGGGAACGGUUCGAGUUCGACAAAGAUGUCCUACUUGAUGAUGAGGAAGUUGAAGUUGCUGAAGAUGAUGCAUCAUUAGUGAAGCAUAUUAGCUGGAGCUUUCGGUUUUCUGCCAUAGAGGCAAUGAGGGAGGAGCAACUGAAAGCAGCUCACAAUGAGGCCAUUUUUGGCACAACAGCUUCUCUUUCUGUUAAAGUAGAUAGUGAACCGGAGCUAGUGGAUUUAAUUAAAAGAGCAAUGAAGACUAAAUUCUAG